CUCUUUCAUACAGUCCCAUUCCUGGACCCAGAGCUGGGAGAAAGGAUUCUUGAAAUCAGUGAUAACGACUCCAUGCCAUCAGAUGAACCCCUUCUCAAUCCGCCCGUGGAGCUUGCGAUCAGGCGCAGUCAGGCGCCGCCCACAAACUUUGAAGGCACUAACCUGGAAUGGGUGACCUGGCGUGGCUUUCUUCCCAAUGGAGCCGUUUCAAUAUAUAAUCGUCGUUCUCGUCGCUAUGACUAUGUUUGCAAAUUCAAGUGUGAAGCUGGUUUAUACAGCCCCAAUUUGGGUCAUUACUGCUAUUAUCCCUACGGAAAAAAGGAGUACAUUUCCGCUUCAUUUCAGAUUCUGGUGAAUAAGGAUAACUUUGAGUUUCUUGAGUGGAAGAGUAGUUCCUUUGGUUCAGUGACCGCGAAUUCUGUUGGGACCUGCUCAGGGUCAGGCGUAUAUGUAGGGAGGAACAAGUAUGGUCUUGGGAAGGUAGUUCCUGAGCAAAGGGCCUUCUUCCUUCCCUGGAGAGGUAAAUCAUAUUGGUACAGAAGGAGGUAUGAGGUCCUGACCAUGAACAGGGGUGUGGCCAGUGAGUACAUCUCUGACAUCAAGUAUAAAAUUGAAAGCAGUAAUAUCUUCUAUUUUCCUCCAGUGACCAUACGAAUCUCUUCCAUCACCAACAAUGCAUGUAGCGAUGUUGUAAAAGUAGCUACGCUCUCAAAAACAAGCUUGGUGGAGCACAGCUGGGAAAUCAGUUUUUCCAUCUCUGCAGGUGCCAAAAACACCAUAAAGACUGCCAUCCCCUCUGUCACAGAUAGAAAAAUUGAGUUUGGUCCUGAGAUAACACUAGAGUUCUCAAAUGGGCAUUCCAAGUCAGAAGAAAUCUCACACUCGGUUUCUGUGGAGGUCGAUGUUCCGUCCAACCACCACUGCAGAGUCCGACUGGUGGGACAUAAGUACAAGGCAGACGUCCCGUUUACAGCUCAACUUACGCGCACCUACCACAGCGGACGGAUCGUCAAGACCGUCGUCACUGGAAUGUUCCACGGUAUACAGAUUGGAGAAGUCAGUGCUGUAGUGGAUCGCUGUCAAAGUGUACCAUUCGCCAAGCCUUGCCACUGAAAUGCAGGUGUCAGGAUCUCCACAAAGGAACUUUUGUCUAAUCUUUGUCAUUUGCCUAAUGAAUUACUGGAUGAUUUUGCCUAUUGUGGCCUCUAAGAAAUUGACAAAAUAGAAAAAUAGAAGUUUAAUUAUGAUUGAUUGCAACUGGUGAGCCUGUGACAAGUAGUUCCAAGAAGAUAUUGCUAUGUUUUAAAGAUGUUUAUGCCAAAAAGGUUGGGAAUGCCUUGGGCCUGUCCUGCCAGUUUUGUUACUUGCAAAUUGCAACAUGAGAUAAUUUCCUCUUACCAAUUUUGACACCUGUCAGCAAUCAAAACAAAGGCUAUACUUACGACUAAUACAUGAGUUACAACAGCCACGAUCAGUUUGCAGUCUUAUGUGAGUAGUGCAAUUUCUUUUUU